UUCAUCAACUUUUCCAAUCUAAAAUUCUUCUGAGCUUUUCUUCUCAUAUAUAAAGAUAUAUAUACACACAAAUUUAUAUAUAUUUUUCCGGUGAGAAAUGGGUUUGAACUCAAACAGAGUAGAAGAUUUUUCGAGCCAUGAAAAUACAGUAGUGAGAAUCCAAGUACCAGAGGCACUAAAUCCAAGUAUGGAGAUUCACAAGGUUUGUUUGCCUCCUAAACAAACCACCUUUCAAAAGUUCAAGCGAAGGGUCUCUGAGAUCUUUUUCCCUGACAACCCUCUUCAUGGUUUUCGUAACCAAACAAGUUCCCUCAAGAAACUUCUUCUGGGUCUUCAGUUUUUCUUACCCAUUUUCCAGUGGGGUCCUCAUUACAAUGUUGGGCUUCUCAAGUCUGAUAUCAUUUCUGGCCUCACCAUUGCUAGUCUGGCAAUUCCUCAGGGAAUCAGUUAUGCCAAGCUUGCAAAUUUGCCUCCUAUUGUUGGACUAUAUUCAAGCUUUGUUCCUCCUAUGAUAUAUUCUCUUCUGGGAAGUUCAAGACACCUUGCAGUUGGACCAGUUUCAAUAGCAUCUUUAGUUAUGGGAUCAAUGCUAAGUGAGGCAGUUUCUCCCACCGGAGACCCAAUUCUUUAUCUUAAACUGGCUUUCACUUCUACUUUCUUUGCUGGUGUUUUUCAGGCUUCUCUGGGUAUUUUAAGGUUAGGCUUCAUAAUCGAUUUUCUUUCAAAGGCAACCCUGGUUGGGUUCAUGGCUGGUGCUGCAGUGAUUGUGUCAUUGCAACAGUUAAAAGGGUUGCUUGGCAUAGUCCACUUCACUAGCAAGAUGCAAAUGCCUGCUGUCAUGUCUUCUGUUUUCAGCACCACAGAUGAGUGGUCAUGGCAAACUAUUGUAAUGGGCUUCAGCUUCCUCCUGUUUAUGUUGUCCACUAGACAUAUUAGCAUGAAAUGGCCAAAACUCUUUUGGGUGUCGGCAGCUGCCCCAUUAACAUCGGUUAUUCUUUCAACACUUAUUGUCUUCCUACUGAAAUCAAAAUCACCUAACAUCUCAUUUAUUGGUCAUCUGCCUAAGGGUCUUAAUCCACCCUCCGCAAACAUGUUAUACUUUAGUGGUGAAUUUCUUGCGCUUGCUAUCAAAACCGGCAUUGUAACUGGGAUCUUGUCUCUCACUGAAGGAGUUGCAGUUGGAAGAACAUUUGCUUCAUUGCAGAAUUACCAAGUUGAUGGAAACAAAGAAAUGAUGGCCAUUGGACUCAUGAACAUCUUUGGUUCUUGUUCUUCAUGUUAUGUCACCACAGGAUCAUUCUCUAGAUCGGCAGUAAACUACAACGCUGGAGCUAAAAGUGCCGUUUCUAACAUCAUAAUGGCUUCAGCUGUGCUUGUGACUCUGCUGUUUCUCAUGCCCCUCUUCUAUUACACCCCAAAUGUCAUCUUAGCAGCUAUCAUCAUAACAGCCGUGAUAGGACUAAUCGAUUAUCAGGCUGCUUUGCGAUUGUGGAAAGUUGACAAGCUCGAUUUCUUGGCUUGUUUAUCUUCAUUUCUUGGUGUUCUUUUCAUUUCUGUCCCACUCGGUCUUGCCAUCGCGGUUGGAGUCUCAGUUUUCAAGAUCCUCCUUCAUGUCACUAGACCAAACACUAUGGUUUUGGGAAAUAUUCCCGGAACUCAAAUAUACCACAGCAUCAACAGAUACAGAGAAGCUUUAAGGGUUCCAUCAUUUCUCGUACUAGCAGUUGAAUCACCUAUAUACUUUGCAAAUUCAACUUACCUUCAAGAAAGGAUUUCAAGAUGGAUUCGAGAAGAAGAAGAAAAGAUAGUAGCUAACAAUGAAACCACGUUAAAAACCAUAAUCUUGGACAUGACAGCUGUGACUGCCAUAGACACCAGUGGUAUUGAAAUGAUAUCCGAGCUCAGAAAGAUGUUAGAUAAAAAAUCACUUCAGCUUGUCUUGGCGAAUCCCGGGGGAACGGUGACUGAGAAGCUACAACAAUCAAAAGUUUUGGAGUCGUUUGGAUUGAAUGGAGUAUAUCUAUCGGUUGGAGAAGCUAUAGCUGACAUUUCAUCACUUUAUAAGGCUCAGCAGGGUCAAGCUCACCCAUGAUUGACUAUACUAUCUAAAACAAGUGGUUUGAGACCAAAAAAAAAGAUGUCCAACACUUGUAUUUUUGGAUCAACUGAGAAGUUUCUGGAAGAGUUAAAUGACCACCCCCCCUUUUUUUUUCCUUUCUUUAAUUUUUUCCCUCAUAAAUAAUCAAAAUCAAAUGUAGCAGCCUCUUAUGGCUAGGAACAAAUAUAUCAAUAUCAAAUGCAGAAUAAAAGUUCUGUGUUUACUCCUUUACUUUUGUAGUGUCUCAUACUUUUAAAAAACAAUAGAAUAAAGAGACUUCGUUACACCCUCGAAA